AUGCCAAAAAUAUUGAUGUGUCUCGCAAUACUGGCUGUUGUGGCUAUGGUAGAGUCAAGACCAUCAAGCGAUAUAGAAAAAGUUCCGUGUGUAGGAUGUAAUCCGCCAGAGAAUAUAACCCGAAAGAAACGGUGUUUGUUGGAUAUUAUUGAUAUAUUAUUGGGCGGAAAUCGGUCAAGGGAACCAAAACAUAUUUACAUUGGAAACGGACAUCAUAAUAAAAAUAAAGUGAUUAUUUUAAGCCCGGAUGGUCGUUAUAAUUAUGAGGCUCUGCUCCCGGAUGAUCUUUUCUCUUAUGAGAAC